GUCAUACGUAUCAUAAUUUGUCGUUAAAGCCAAAGUUGAAACCCAGCUCGUGAAAUUAAUUAAUUUUAGUGAAAAAUUUCGAUAAUUUGAAGCCGUAAUUUAUCAUGGGCUCGAAAUGUGUCCUGGUCCUCGUUUGCUUCGCAAUGACGCUAUGUUCCCAGAGCAAAAUUUUUGUGAGUGGGUCACCUCAACCGGAAGUACCCGCUAAGGCUUCGCUCUAUCCGCUUGGAGAUUCCCGGAUCCAGUCGGAUUUGCUUCUCACCGCGGCAUAUGGGGCAUCCCAAGGUAGCCACGGGAUCAAUAAGCGUGCCACGUACUACUACGUGGUCACUUCUACCUGCGGUGGGUUCACGGCCUCCCAGUGCAGCAGGGCAUGCGGGGCGCGAGGCCGGGCUUGUUACGUCUGUGGAAGGCGGUAUUGCAACUGUGGAAAUGAUUUUUGUUGAGUAUUAAAUAUUCAGCUGGUUAUCUUGUAAAUUUAUUGCAUUUAAUAAAAGUACGAAAUAAACAAAUAUGUUGAAGUUUUCCUGAG